ACACCACUCUCUAUAUACCCAGUGUAACGAGAGGGGAGCCGCGCGGGCAAAGCAAAUGGCGACGGCCCCCCCGCCUCCUUCUCCCCCUCCUCUCCUCCUCCGCCCCGCCGACACCGAUCCGAUCCCGCCCAUCACCGGCGCGGCGGAGGAUGCGGUGCUGCUUGCGGCGGAGCUCCUCUCCCGGGAGGAGGUGCUUCGCCGCCGUUCCCGCCGGGUGAAGCAGCUCGCCAGGCACUACAGGGAGCACUAUUGGGCGCUCGUGGAGGAGGUCCGGUCCAAGCUCCGCGAGUACUACUGGAGCAUCGGCGUGAGCCCCCUCGAGGUGGACGGACUCGACACAGCGGCGGCGGCCGCGCUGGCCGAGGUGAGCGGGGAGAAUGAUGACGGGGUUGCAAAGAAGGGUUUUUGCCGCAUUUCCGAGUGUAUGUCGAUGGCGAUGCCCCUGACGAGUUACUGCCAUGGUCACAUACUCUGCGAUGACCGGCAGACGCUUUACAAGCCUUGUACCUACGAGACCUUCAGCAGUGGACAAACUUGCGGGAAGCCAGUUCUCCAAGCUGCAGUGCCUCCUUUCUGCACACUGCACAUUCAAAAGGAUCAGAACCAUCUCUCACAAGUUUUCAGUAGGGAAGGCUUUAGAGUAUAUUCUUCUGGCAAGCCUGCUCCAGGUUUUCAUGUCAUAAUUGCUGAAUACAUCCACCAGAUCCAAAUCAAUAGAAGGAAAGCACCAAAUGCUGCCAGUACAAAGAAUGCAGACAAGGAUGAGAACGCUGGUUAAUGUUGGUUGUGUUCGAUGCUGUUUUGAAGAGUAAAGACUUCUUAUUUUUGUGUACAGAACUUGCUAUUGUAGAUGUUAUAUAGCAGGGGAGAGGGGCCCAUCUGAAAGAAGAAAAACGUUCUCAUACAAGGUACGCUUUUGGUGUUCUUGAAUUAUGCCUUCUACAUAUUAUGCAUAUCAUUUAUUACUUACGGACGUUGCUGAUUCUAGUUACACCAGACCAGGGAUUGCUGGCCAAUGUAUGAUGCAUGCUGUGUUCGCUUUGUUCAGGGUCAUGCCAUCAACAAGCCAGGCAUUAUCUCUAGGCUUAUUAGACACACAUGCAUGCAUGCACCAUGCCAAGCAUACAUAAAUUUAAUGCUUUAAAUUUGAAAAGUUUACUCCAAUAUUGCUUCAACUUUGAAAUUCAAAAGUUCUCAGUUCGUCAUAAAUGGUCUUAUAUAUCAUAGAUUCACAAAAAAAUUGGACUUAAAGAAAUGUUUGUCUGGUUUGUUUGUGCCAUAUGAUCCUCAUAAAUGGAGUUGGUUGGGUUGGAGGUGGAGUAGAAAGCAGUUGUGAUUGGCGAGAUCAUUGAUCCUGCGUUCUCAAAGAUUUGAAUGAUGAAUAAUCCUGCGAAACAGCUAAAGUAAUAGGAAUUAGACGUAAGACGAUUCCAAAUAGAAAAAUUUGAAUCAUUUUGGUUUGUUUAAGGGGAUAAAAGAAAGGUAAGAUCUAUCCCUAAAUAUUAAUCUGAAUUAUCCGUGAAUCUCAAUGACCAAGAGUUGCCGAUUAAUGUGAGAAAGAACCACAGAAUACCUGGAAUCUCGUAGAAAUAUUUGUUUUUUUAUAUUAAAUUUCCAUUCAUUUCAUUUCAAAUAAGUCAUAUCUUGUUCAAACCUGAAUAGAGUUGGGAUUGUAGUUAAAGCAGCCAGUAGAAAACCAAAAUCAAUAUUCAUAUUAAGCAUGAAACAGUGAAAUUAGAAAAUUGCAUUCUAAUUAUACAUUAUGGUGUUUGUGAGGCAAGGGUGUUCAAAUUAACUAAGAUAGAAUAGCUUAUUUCCAUCGAUAUCAAAGGAUGCCAUUGCCAGGCAUAGUAACUCUUAAUUAGCUUAAAAAGAAGUACCUCCUUUUCUGUAACUAUAAUUAGAAAAGUUGCCAUCAAAAGGAUGCCCCAACUCUUAAUAAGAAUAGUUUAUUUCUAGCAAUUGUUGCUCCGACUCUUUUGGAGACCAUGGCAAUAGCCAUUUUUAUUUAAGUGAACUUGCUAAAAGAAUGUUAAAAUGGAUCGGGCAUUGUCUUAAACUGUGCAGACAUACUGGUUUGAGAAUAUGUUAUUUUAAAAGUCUUCUGAUUGUCCACCAUCUGUUGCUAUUUGUCAAUAUGUUAAGCUCAGAUAUAACAACACAAUUCCCCCAAGGCCGGCUACUCAUUAUUAUGUGAAUUGAUACAAAGUACCAACACAUCAGCAGUGACCUCAUUCUUUUAAAUAUUUUCAAUAAAACUGCAAUGUUAUCUACAGAAAUUUUGGUGAAAUCCACAAGUGGCAACUUUUAUUGAGUGUAAAGGCAUCCAUGAGUACUCUGUAGAUGAUGCAAAUAAAAUUGCUGUGUUUAUCUUUUAUUGCAGAAUCUUGUUAACUGCACUUGCACUGUAGUCUUUUCUUUUUCUCAAUUUGGUCACUGUGAAACAAGAUUGUUCUGACCAAACACCUCCAUUAUCUAUUAAGACUCUCCUCUGAGUUUGUUGCAGGAGAGGCAGAUAGUGAAGAACCUACCUGGCAAUAGACAACAAAUCCAUGAGACAUCUGCUCGAAUCCAAUAUCAAUAUUCACUAAUUUCUCCAAAAUGAACCUAACCCAAGAUUUUGCUUUGCAUUUGGCAGGUUUGUGGAUGUUCUUCUUUGGUGCGAAACACAAAGUGCUACUAGUUACAUAUUGGAAUUUAAAAUUGAAUACUUGGGAGAAAUGGAGAUCUCAGCUGAGGAGAUGAAACUGGGACUAAAAGAGUAUCAGUCAUUUUGUAACUGAACAAUGUAUAGUACUUGGAUGCAAAUCUGAAACUAUACUACCGUGAUUGAUUCCUUCCUUUUUAAGCAAAGCGGCAAACAGCUGCAGUUGCUUUUGAUGUUUGCUUGUGUCUUUUAACUCAAUUGGCACUUGUGAAACCAUCUGUUGUAGAUUUCUUUGAUGACUUGCUGUUUUGAAGCUCA